UGAGCGGCGGCGGCUGAGGCCCGGCCUGUGCCCGGCGCCCGGCGCGGGCCCCGCGGUGCCAUGGGGGCCGCCUGACCGGGGCGCGGGCGGCGAGGCUGCGAGUCGGGGGCGCUCCGUGCGCCCUGCGCGCCGCGGGCCAUGGCCAUCGAGCGGCGGCGCGAGGCGGCGGGCGGAGGGCCCGGGCGGCAGCCGCCCGCGGCCGAGGAGAACGGCUCCCUGCCGCCCGGGGACGCGGCCGCCUCGGCGCCCCUCGGGGGGCGCGCGGAGAUCCAGCCGCUGCCUCCGCUGCCUCCCGGCGCUGGCGGCGUGCACUCGGGCUGCUGCGCGCCCGCGGCCGCCCCGAGCCUCCUGUUGCUGGACUACGACGGGUCGGUGCUGCCCUUCCUCGGGGGUCUGGGCGGGAGCUACCAGCGGACCCUCGUGCUGCUCACCUGGAUCCCCGCGCUGUUCAUCGGCUUCAGCCAGUUCUCAGACUCCUUCCUCCUGGACCAGCCCAACUUCUGGUGCCGCGGGGCCGGCAAAGGCUCGGAGCUGGCGGGGGCCACCGUGACCGGCCGGUGGGGCGACCUGGGCAACUGGACCAGCCCCCCGCCCACUCCCUUCUCCACUGCAGUCUGGGGGGCCACGGGCAACGGAAGCAACAGCAGCGGCGUGGACGGAGGCGACACGCCGCCCCUCUCCUCCCCUCCGGACAAGGGGGACAACGCCUCCAACUGCGACUGUCACGCGUGGGACUACGGCAUCCGCACCGGCCUCGUCCAGAACGUGGUCAGCAAGUGGGAUCUUGUGUGUGACAAUGCCUGGAAGGUCCAUAUCGCUAAGUUCUCCCUGCUGGUUGGAUUAAUCUUUGGCUACCUAAUAACUGGAUGCAUUGCUGACUGGGUUGGCCGCCGGCCUGUGCUACUGUUCUCCGUCAUCUUCAUUCUGAUCUUUGGCCUGACCGUGGCGCUCUCGGUGAACGUGACGAUGUUCAGCACACUCAGGUUCUUUGAAGGAUUUUGCCUGGCUGGGAUAAUUCUCACCUUGUACGCCAUACGAAUAGAGCUGUGUCCGCCCGGGAAACGGUUCAUGAUCACGAUGGUGGCAAGCUUCGUGGCCAUGGCGGGCCAGUUCCUCAUGCCCGGGCUGGCCGCCCUGUGCCGGGACUGGCAGGUGCUGCAGGCCCUCAUCAUCUGCCCCUUCCUCCUCAUGCUGCUCUACUGGUCGAUUUUCCCCGAGUCCCUGCGGUGGCUGAUGGCGACCCAGCAGUUUGAGGCCUCGAAGAAGCUGAUCCUGCACUUCACGCAGAAGAACUGCAUCAGCCCAGAGAGCGACAUCAAGGGCGUGAUGCCAGAGCUGGAGAAGGAGCUGUCGCGGAGGCCCAGGAAGGUGUGCAUCGUGAAGGUGGUGGGGACCCGCAACCUGUGGAAGAACAUCGUGGUCCUGUGUGUGAACUCGCUGACGGGGUACGGGAUCCACCACUGCUUUGCAAGGAGCAUGAUGGGCCACGAGGUGAAGGUGCCACUGCUGGAGAACUUCUACACCGACUACUACACCAUGGCCAGUAUCGCGCUGGCGUCCUGCCUGGCCAUGUGCGUGGUGGUCAGGUUUCUGGGGCGCAGGGGCGGCCUACUGCUCUUCAUGAUCCUCACCGCCCUGGCCUCCCUGCUGCAGCUUGGGCUCCUCAACCUGAUCGGGAAAUACAGCCAGCACCCAGACUCAGAAUUGCAGCUGAAGUUGGCCGUAGGGAUGAGUGACAGCGUGAAGGACAAGUUCUCCAUCUCCUUCUCCAUCGUGGGCAUGUUCGCCUCCCACGCUGUGGGCAGCCUCAGCGUGUUCUUCUGCGCAGAGAUCACCCCCACAGUGAUAAGGUGCGGCGGACUGGGGCUGGUGCUGGCCAGUGCGGGCUUCGGCAUGCUCACAGCACCCAUCAUCGAGCUGCACAACCAGAAAGGCUACUUCCUGCACCACAUCAUCUUCGCCUGCUGCACGCUCAUCUGCAUCAUCUGCAUCCUCCUGCUGCCCGAGAGCCGGGACCAGAACCUGCCUGAGAACAUCUCCAACGGGGAGCACUACACACGCCAGCCGCUGCUGCCGCACCGGAAGGGGGAGCAGCCGCUCCUGCUCACCAAUGCUGAGCUCAAGGACUACUCAGGCCUGCAUGACGUGGCCACGACCAGUGACGGGCUGCCCGAGGGCGCCACCGCCAACGGCAUGAAGUCCAUGUAGCCUUGAGCCACUGUCCCUCAAGCCUCUGGGGCUGCAGGCAUUGUGGGGAGCUCAGGUGCAGGUUUACAGGCCGGGCCAGGUGGACGCUCGGCCGGGGUCAGAGUCUAGCUCUGCUGUGGACGCUGCCCCCAUGCAUCGCGAGGCUUUUGGCUGGUGUUGGGAAAUUCUUUUUCCAAAAGUCCAAGGAAUGGGUUGGAGGAACAGACUCUUCGGAGAUAACCCUUCGAAGACUUUCUUUUCUGCCAUUAAAUGUUUGUAUUUAUUUUGGUCAUUUUUACGAGAAGCACUUUAUCCCCUCUCCUCUCACUGAUCAUGAAGUGGACCCAUGCCAGUGAGUGAGGCACGGUCACCCUGAGGGGGACCCUGGCGCUGUGGCCACCUGUGGCACACGUACAUGACACGCAUGUGGAGCCUCCCCUGACCGGAACUCCAGACGGUGACGCGCACAUGAGCUCAGUCUAUGCUAGAGGCUGUGUGUGGUUUUAAAGUCUGUCUGUUUUCCCUUCCGUGUGUAAGGUAAGAGCUUCCAUGCCGUAUGCUGGGGGAACUCGGCUUCCGGACAUCAUGGAAACCAGCCUAGUCUCUCCCCUCCAAAUCAUCCUCUGUACUUGACACUGGGCGCUGUCCGAGGGCAGCUUCCAUAUUGCACCAGGAACCGUAGCUGACCAGUAAGGAUCACCGCUCUCCAACGCCAGGUUCGCUUAGGCUUGGACACAGCUGACAGGUGGGCUGCGGUCUGGGACUGUCACUUUAUUAAAGUUCCAUCCCAGAUUAGCUCCAGCAGGACAGCUUCCCCUCUCCAGCCCGCUUCGUCUCCGGCACUACUUGAAAACCAUGGCUACUUUCUGAACUGAAACACUAGGAAAAUAACUGACAGAGACUAAGGCGACUCUCGGGAGGGAGGCCCUGCUCCCCCGGACUGUGGCCGUCACCCACAUCUCAAGCACACACCCCGAGACCGCCAGCUCGGUGGUGACACUCGCAUCCCCGGAGCACACACAGAGGCUGGCGGUCCCGUCUCCCUCGGUCACCCCCGCUUGUCGCUCGAUCGCCAGAGGUGGGGUGCGGGUGCAGGCAGGAGUGAGGUUCCUCCUGGGUUAGUCAACACAGCCACAGCAAGAUGAACUGAGAGAAGCAAUAACUCACCAAAGCUCAGCUCCGCCCACCAGGCUCCAAGGUUCUCAUCUGUACCUCAUCUUGCCCCAGGCAGAAGGUUUCCGUCCGGUGUCUGCAGAGGACACUGAGAAAGUGGCCUUCUCAGCACAGGCAGGCACCGCUCUGCAGCCCCUCAGGCCUGCUCCCCGGCCUCUCACUCAGCUGCCCACCUCAGCCCUCUGCUGUGCAUCUCCACCGAGCCUUCUUCCAGCCAAGUCGUCCUGGGCCAUGGCGGCAAUGAGGUGGCUUCCCCAGGACAGGGCCAGAGAGGGGCUGAGUUCGCCCUGGUGUUUCUCACUAUCCCCACCCACCUCUCCUCCACAUCGGGUGCAGACAUCACAGGAGCCGCUGCCUGGACAGGCCCCAGGCGCGCAGUUGUGUUUCAGGUCACUGAAGCCUCGGGUGUCUGGCCUGACACAUGGCAGGACCUGCUCCCAGUCCGGCUUGUCCUUGCCCUUCUGUGCUCUGUAUCUGAGUCACCCUCUUUCCGUGUUUCCUGUUACUCCUUUCCAAAGGCCUUUUGUUAGAUCCGUGCAGCCUUCGCGUGCCAAACUUGCAGAAUACCUUAUACACUUUCCAGAGUGCUGGCCACCAGCCCCCCAGCAGCAAACCCUGAAAAGGACAGGACAAGACAUUGCAGAAGCUGUGAUCAGCCUCCCAGGUCUAUGCAGCCUUUUCAAAGAAAGCUGAAAUCACCAGGAGCGUGGGGUCGAGGCAGGGCACUUCCAAGCUUCAGCCCCAGGGUCUCUGAUCUCCACCUCUGGGGACAAUGAUAAAAACCUUGGGCCUGCAAAGACAGAGCUCCCUGCUUCAGCAAUCAGGACCGAGCCAUCAGAGGAAACCUCGCUUUGAGGCCCAGGCUCAGGACCAAAGUCUAGCAGCGCACAGGAGCCUGCAAGGUAUCGCUGGCCGCAGAGGUACCUGAGCCUCUUGAUGGAGGGCAGCUGCAGUAGGGUGCUUCCUGGGGGCCGAGCCCUAUGUGAGCACUGGGAAGAGGCAGCAGCUCCCCCAGGCCUGCCACGUGUGGCCUGACAGGUUCCUCGGGUUCAGGGGGCCUCUGCCCUGGCUCCCCAGCACCAGGCUUCUGGCUGAGCCCCAGGGUUCUGUGUCCUGUGAUCAGAUGCUCCUCAGGCUCUUGCCCUUUCUACCCGGCCCGCCCACUCCUAGGUCUGGACUCCCUGCCACCCUCUUCGCCCAGCCCUGCACCUGUGCCCCCCUUUUUGAUAAAAGUUAUGCACAAAUGUGAACACCUGAGAUGGGACUGAGUACUUCUUCAUUCUUUUCUUUUCCAGAAGUCAGUAAUAAUUCUUAUCAGACAUCCUAAUUAGCACCCAAGGCCAAUAGGAAAAAGAAGUCUUUAAGCGUUUUUGUUUUCUAAGACCCUAAUUGCUUCCAACAGGAGGACGGGACUGGUAGGUCAGUUUGACCACAGAAAGAGACCUGGUGAAGGAAGUGGCACCCUCACACAGCCACUUCCCAGCCCAGCGGCAAGCCCUGAGCUGGAUGUGCCGUUCAGUGACCUGUGACCAUUACACCGCCCAGCCCCAGGUGGUGGGGGCCCGGGGGGACCCAGUUGCAGUUAUCUCGUUUUGAAGGCCACCUCUCUACUGUACCAUGUGUGUAGGAGAAGCAGCAGUGUGUUGUCUAACGAGGAAUGCGUCCCUACCUCUGUCCUUCCUGCGGCCCAGUCAGGUGGGGUCUGCAUCUCAGAACCGUGUGACUGUCCGCGUUGACAGGGUCCCUCUGGCGGUACCCGUUCAUAGCACAAGCUUACUCUGAGUUCUGAACUGUCGCACAGCUACAUGUCUGCAUGGUGUCACCUCUGUUGUACUUCGGGGAAAAUUCGUAUGUAAAUGUACAGAAAUAAAAAUGCUGCCCCAUGAACAGAUUUCCUCUGGAAUGUCUUCCCUACCUCACCUGGUGGUAUCCGACAAAGGGCAUUUCACUACCAUUGCUGACAAGUAAUAAAAACCCCCCCUGUCCACUCCCUUCCACACCUCCGUACAGGGCUGCGUCUCUGCUGCCCCGGGGGAUGAGGGCCGUCCCAGAGCCCUAGUUUGAAAGGCAGGCAGCCGCAGAGAUGGAUUCCGCAGGAACUGUUGAUGGAGUACCGCGCUCAGAGCACCGGAGCACUCGGCACACUGAAGAGGAAUUGUUUUUCCCAUUUAUGUUGUGGUAACCCGUGGCCUGAAGGUUCCUAGAGAGAUCGAGAAAUAAGUAUCUUACACUGUGAUUCUGCGAGCAAAGACUGAUAACCCAAAACUCUCUUCUCUAAUGUAGUAUUUUUUAACAAGAAAACAAUAUUUCUUUAAUAAAGUAUUUAUACCAAA